CAGGCCAUGGCGUAGUUCAGGCCCUCGGUCUUUCUUAGUUGGCGACGGUGUCUCUCGCGAGGAGGAUUCGCCGCACCGAAUCCAACAAUAUACUCGGCGAUUAGUCGGUUAAGAUAUUCUUACGUCCUCACGAAAAACGCGACGCGACGAUGGCAAACUCCUCAGAGGGAGACACCGUCAAGCCGACGAACACGAACAAAUCAACGACUGGAAUCAACAUUCUCGCACCCAAGGAGGGUGCGAGAAAACGACGACGCUUAGAAUCUCUGACAACGAACUCGGAGAUCCCUGAGAAAACGCAGCGACGCGACGAGUCGUGCAAUUCCUAUGCUGAGGCAAUCAGCAAAAGGAAAGUUGAGCAUAUAGAAGACAAAAAGGACUCGUCAUUACCACGUCUAAGAAAGAAAGAUCAGGCUGUGCCAAUAAAUCCGCAAGAUGCUAGAAUGUCACAAUCUUGCGAAACUGGCAUGGGAAGAAAUGACGCGACUAGAUUGAGGAAAACGAUACAAUGGCUCGAGGAAGGAGCGCGAAGGCUACGCGAGGACCUGGCGAACGCGCGAACAGAGCUACAUGAAGAGCGAAGGGCAGCAAAAAUUGCCAAGAGGGAGUUCGAAACUGCCCUCAGAGAGGCCAAAUUUGCUGAGGCUGCCAAGUAUCAACCGAUCAUAGCCGAAUUGAAGACUAGGAUCGUCCAAUCUGCGUCGCCAUCGCCGUCGCCGUCGCCGUCAUUCAAAUCGGAUCCCGUGAAAGACGAGAGUCACAAGCGUGAAUUGUCAACCCUCAGAAAACGUUUAAUUGACGCUGAGGGCACGAUACGAAAACUCGAACAAUUGGUAAAAUCGCAAGCGAACACUACUCGCAAUAUCAAUGGUACUUCUUCCUGCGGCGAUGCGCGUCGUCUGGAAGCGGAAAUGCGAAAUCUACGCACAGAAAACGAGAAACUCGAAGAUAAAUUACGUAUCGCUCUAAAUGCCGAGAAAACUCGCAUCGCUGAGAUACGAGCUCAACGGGAGAAUCACGAAGCUGAACUUUCCGCAUUGCGAAAAUCACUUCGCAGCGAAGCUAUAAAAAUGAUGGAUGAGUUGCGUGGCAAGAGCCGAGAGAUUGAGAAGCUGUCGAAGCUCUUGAAACGACGAAAGUUGGCGCCGGCGGAGCAGGAGAUGAUGCGGAAGUUACGGGGGAACGAGGGGAACCAACCGAUACAGGCAGCAUCUCGCAUAGAGAAGAAAAUUUUCAGAGAUGAUGGUCACAUGGUGAGGUCAUAUAUGCGCGCAAUAGAAUCCGACAGAGCCAUAAAUGAAAUCGAGGUCGAGCGCCUCCGUGAACUCGCGCUUGAACAGCAGGAAGUCAUCGAAAUACUUAGACAGGCAGUUAAGGAGAGAGAGAGAAAGUUGGAGCAGUUAUCCAAUAAGAAAAGGAAGGAGGAAUUUUAUAAACAGUGGUUAGAGUUAGAACCGGUAGCCGAAGUGGAUGACGAGGAGGAUCAUGAAGAUGAUGACAGCGCUCUAUCGAGCGCCCCGUCCUCGAUGUCGCCACAACCUGGGGGCUAUGGUCAGUGGCAGGGCAAUGGUGUCACUAGAGAAGCGUACGAAGCCGUUCUCGUUGAGAUCGAAGAGCUACAGUCGAAGCUUCUUAAAGAGCAGCGCGAACUGUCGCAUGCCAAGAUUCAAAUUUGCGACUUGGAGAAAGCACUCUUGCAAGAGAGAUGUGCCGAUCGUGACAAGGAGUUGAGUGAGCUGAACGAUAAGCUUCGAGCUGCCGAAGAACGAGAAGCCGCACUUUUGGUGGAGCUCUCCGAGAUACGAGAGCAAAAUGAGCUGCUGGAAUUUCGAUUGCUCGAAAUGGAGGAAAUACCUAUGCGCAAGGACAGUCCCGACGCGGUGGACAGCGGCAUCGUCUCACCGGAGCCGGCCCACACGAACAAGGAUCAUUCAAUCAACAAACAGAGAAGUCGCGCCGUGGCAACCGUGAUACCCUACACGAAUAACGCUACAAUAAACUCUGUGAAAUCCACGUCACCCGUGUUACCGCGAAAGCUCCCGUUGACCCUUCAGGAGAGCGGCAUCUUCGAGGAGGAAGAGGAGGAAGAAGAUGAAGAGGAGCGCGACGUCGAGUUCGCCAGCCGCGGCACUCAGACGGAAGCACCGUCCGGCGAACUCCUGCAGGAGGUGCAACGUCUCCAGGAAUUAAGGGCUCGAAUUCAGGAACGAGCGGCCAAGAUCACAGCACCGGUCUUCCAUCCGAUCGAUUCGUCCAAGAUCUGCUUCGAUGUGUCGACAAUGGAUUCGAUAGUGCAGCUGACCUCCUACCAGGAGCGCGUUCGCGACCUCGAGGAGAAACUCGAGACGUACGAGGAAGUCGGGAGGAGUCGGGAACGAGAAAAGCGGCUGUCGAAACAGCGGGAAGAGGAGCUGUUGGAUGAAAACUAUAGACUUACGGAGAGAAUAUACUGGUUGGAAAACGAACUGCGGACUGCCGGCGCGAAAUGUACCUUCGGCAAGAAUAACAGCGGAGAUACAGGCGAGACAAUUGUCGUACAGCAAGUGAAGAACGUGGACCAAAGUAAGCACCAAGUUCCGGAGGAUGUACAGAACUUGGAAGGUGUAAAGGAUCAACUUAAAGAUGCGAAUUGCACGCGCGCUGUUCAAACCAUAGAAACGUACGGAAAUUACAUGUCUAUAGAGUGCUCUCGAUGCCAAGAUAAGGACAGAUCCGACCAACAGAUCACUCUGGGUGCUCAACACAAUAUCACGGAUGAGAGGGAGAAGGAAGACGAAUUGAAACUCAGUAAAUCCGAAGAAGCGGCCGUUAUUGAUCUUACCAAAAACAAUUCAGAAAAGAAGGUUAGACGAAGACGAGUUAGGAGUAACGAGCGCGAGAUACGAUCCGUGAAAACAGCAAGAAUGACAAACAGAUUCGUCCGCGACGUCUCCUUCGGGCGAAGAAGCCAUCCGUUGGUCUUGUAUCAGGAAAUUUGCGUUUAGCUAUACGCCGCCGCUAUGUCGAAUCUUUAACAACGAACUUUCGUAAAGACGGGCGUGAUUUAAAGAUCCGAUAACAUCGCCUAGUUAACUUUCGCUGUAAUUCCCCGUUUUCACACCGAAGAAAGUUGUGCUCGCGCGUUAUAAUUGAAAGUUGGUGCCUGCCCAAGUUGCACGUGUAGUUUUUGAGAAGCUGGAAGGAACCUCCCUCGCGAUAGAGGAUCGCGCGGAAGAAAGCGCGUGUUCUCCGGAGCGACCAGGGCUUCCAGAAAAUAGCGGCGAACAGAAGAAAACCGAGGUCGUGGAGAAAAAAAAAUGUGGAUGAGGAGGUGAGGAGGAGAAGGAGAAGGAAAGCUAACGACUGCAUACCCUACCUUACGUCUUUGAGUGUGAUCUAUUUUCGCUGGAGAUAAAGGCGAGAAGAGGUUCUCCGUCGUCUCUCGUCGUCGCAGACUCUGUCCAUCAGCCCACGAGUUCCACGGAGGAGUCAAUGAACCCGUGGGUGAAACCCGCGGCACAAACGAGGACAAUACGGCUGGCGCUGCUUGGUGUGCCCAAGUGACGAUCAGAAAUGGUACGUCCUAGAAGUAAAAACGAGGGCGCCUGCGGAUCGAGUGCCAACCUGAACCCUCGGUUAUGGCGUACUUCACCUCUCCACGUCACGACCAAUCUUUUCGUACAAGCUGUGAAAUCAAGUGCCAAAUAAGCCGUAGAUUAUAAAUAUCUCUCCCUCACACGCGAGCGUAAAUUACAUAAAGCGUUACUGCAAAAUAACUAUAACGAAAAUAACUGUAACCAUGCUUUGUAAUAAUUAUUACAACAUGCAAUAAUUAUUACAAAAUAAUUGCAAAAUAAUUUCACAUAUGAUUCGAGACAUUUGCGAUCGAUUGCAUUUUUUUUAAGAGAUGGGGAUACGCCCAGAGGAAAUCAGAUUGAGAACGACUGCGCUAAACGGACGUGUCCUUGUUAGCGACGUAUCAAAUGUAUCUCUGACUCCCUAGUGCGUCUCUAUCGAAAUUUAAAUUCACGUUUCGAUGUAAAUUUAAAUUUGAUACGACGAAGGGAAAGGCUACGCACCUGUUGGCUAAUUUGAGAUGGCACACGUCUCGUGUGCGUCACAAAUUGCCACGUAUGAUACUGUUCGUGAUACUGUGCAUACAGCGAUCUACAAAGACAUGUCUGUGCAGUGCCUUUCGCGCUGAGAACAAAGAUUCUAUAGUGUCUAUAUCAACGACUAUUGGAGAUUGUUAUUAUAUUUCCGUUCACAUUAUACACUGCGUGAAGAGUCGUUAGAAAGAGUAAUUGUAGGAAAGUAAUAUAUAUAUAUACACAAGAAAUAUAUAGAUUUCUCAACAAUUCACUCUACUUCGAUAUCUUCUUCUUUUAAGUUUUUUCUUUUUAAAUCUUUGUACGCCGAUUUUAUACGCGAUGUAAGGCAUAUAAUAGAAUUGUAUACUGAAUUAAAGCGAGAUAAUUGCUACCUUCACCGUAGGAUAAUUUCAUCGAAUCUUAUCGAAACUUAAGCUAUAUAGGCUUGCGUGUGUCUCUAUUAUAUAUCUGAAAAAUAUAUACGUAUACGCGCGUAUGUAUGCUUCAGCAUUUAACGUUCAUUGCGUAUUAAGUGUGAACAAUGUGUUUCUAGUCCUACUUUUCGUUCGAUCGAUUUUGAACAUAUAACGAGCGUGCCUUAGCAUGUUGUAUCGAUCUUGAGUGAUUUGGUAGAUUUUAGUAUCUUUCGCAAGAAGUGUGUGUAUACCCAAACGCUUACCGUAUUUAUGCUGUAUAAAUUUUCGAAGCAAAAAGCGAUGCGAUCAAGCCUGUUCCGCUAUGGCUAUUUGCCACGUUCACAGGUUCGUUUCAUACUUAGAAUUGAUUUUAUUCGUCGUGUGUGUAUCUACAAGAAACGAAUAAAAACUUGUCCACCUA